GGUAUUCGGUUGUCUUCGCUAAGAAGCAUGCCGCCCAAUUUUUUCCAAAAGCCUGAAACUGCUCUCAAACGAGCGCAGGAGCUAAUCCAGGUUGGAAAAGAAUCGGAUGCCCUUGAUACUCUUCAUGACACGAUUAAGGCGAGACGAUAUAAACAAUGGACUCAAACACACGAGCAAAUUAUGAUGAAGCAUGUCGAAUUAUGUGUAGUACUAAAGAAACCUCAUGUUGCUAAAGAUGCAUUGUUUCAGUAUAAAACACUUACUCAUCAGGUGGCGGUUAAAUCUUUAGAGACUGUUAUUGAGCAUUUUUUACAAAUGGCUGAGCAAAAAACUGAAGAAGCCCAAAAGACGUCAAUUGAGAAAGUGGAGGAAAUUGACGACCUCGAUCAAGGAGAUGUUCCAGAGACGCUUCUGCUGUCAGUUGUUUCUGGAGCUGCAGCCCAAGAUCGGAUGGACCGAACUGUGCUUGCACCCUGGCUACGUUUUCUAUGGGAUUCCUACAGAAAUUGUCUUGAAUUAUUAAGGAAUAAUGCUCAGGUUGAACAUCUUUACCACCGCAUCACGAGGAAAUCCUUCCAAUUCUGCUCCAAGUAUCAACGUCGAACUGAAUUCAGGAAGCUUUGUGAACUGUUACGGUUACAUCUCAACCAGAUUCAAAAACAUCAACAUUUGGCUCAUGUGGUGAAACUGAGCUCGCCCGAGUCCUUGUCAAUGAUGCAGGAAACACGUCUUUGCCAGCUGGAUACUGCCAUACAAAUGGAGCUCUGGCAGGAAGCAUAUCGUAGUGCAGAAGAUGUACACGGGAUGAUGCAGCUCAGCAAAGACAAAGAUAAGCGUAUGGUGAAGCCUGCUAGCUAUGUGAAUUAUUAUGACAAGCUCGCCUUGGUGUUCUGGAAAGCAGGAAAUAGCCUGUUUCAUGCGGCAGCCCUUCUUCAAAAGUUCAUCAUUUAUAAGGAUAUGAAGAGAUCCUUCACUGCAGAUGAAGCUCAAGAACAAGCGAGUCGUGUUUUGCUCGCAACUUUGUCCAUACCAGAUGGUGCUGAUGCGCCUUCAGACCUUACUCGCCAUCUGGACAUCGAAGAUCAACAUCUCACUAAUAUUCGGUUGCUUUCGAACUUGCUCCGUCUACCAAUUGCUCCUACUCGUGCUGGUUUAUUGAGAGAAGCUGCUCGUCUCGGGGUCCCAGAGAUGGCCUCAGAGUCAACCAAUGCGUUGUAUAAGUUGCUUGAAAAUAACUUCGCCCCUCUCAGGUUAGCUAGAGAAGUUGAAGCUCAAUUGGCUUUGAUCGAUCGGCCUGAUCACCUUCAGUACAUUGAUGCACUCAAUGAAGUCGUGGCCACAAAAGCUUUGAAACAAAUAUCCGUCAUUUAUGACUCCAUUAGUUGGUCACGGAUACGAAAAAUCAUCCCGUUUUAUAACGAGAUGGAGCUAGAGCGCCUCGUAGUUGACGUUAGUAAACAUCGAUUUGUCAAGGCCCAAAUCGAUCAUCGCAGUGGGUGUAUUCGGUUUGGAGCAGCAGACGCCACUUUAGCAGGAGGAGUGGACCUUGAAGAAGCGAAUGGUUUCACGGGUGAUGACACGCAGCUGGGUGUUGAAGGUAUACGCACUCAUCUGGAGGUGAUGUACAACAAAUUACGUUCGACUGUAGAACUGUUGGAUAGCGACAAACGUAGGGAAGCUCUCAUUGCCAGGGUCAAACACCAUGCUAUCAAUUACGAAAGAACAAAAAAUAGUAAGCAAGAGACAGAUCGCAUACUGGAGCGUCGUCGAAAGAUUGAAUAUUACAAGGAAACAUCGGAGCGUGUCAAGGCGGAGCGUUCUCAACAAGCAGCGGCUGAAUUGGCCAAACGCGAGGAAGCUAAGCGUGCUGAAGAAAUGAAACGCUUGGAGCAGGAGAAUAUCGAAAGUGAGAAGAGGAGACGACAAGCUGAGCAGGAAGAAGUGCAAAGGAAGAUCAAACAAGAUCAACUGCGUAGGAUGCAGAAUACUGCGAUCUAUCAGGCUAUCAUUAGAGAAAAAGGAGAACAAGUAUUCAAGGACAUGGAUCCAGAGGCUGUGCUACGGGAACAACGUCAACGUCUGGAUAAAGAGCGUAUGGAAACACAGCGACGUCUCCAACAGCAAGACAAAACUUUCGACCAUCAAGUUAGAGCGAUACAUCUUGAGGAAAUGCUGGAAAGAAAAGCUGUAAUGAUGAAACGAUUGCAAGAGGCACCAAAACUGCACGAGAAGUAUGAACAAAGGAGGAUUCAGAAAGCUAUAGAUGAUCACAACCAAGCAGUUAGUAUAUGGGAGCGUUUAGAAGAUAUACGAGAAGAUGCUAUGGACUGGAUAGAGCAAGUUAAAUCGUCGAACGCGGAAGACUUUGCAAAGAAGAGUGCUGUUCUACUACUUAGGAGCAUAAGGUAUUUUGAUUUGAAGACUGCUGAUUGGAAUAGCAAACUGAACGCUGUACGAGCAGCUCGUCUCCAGGAAAGAGCCGAAAACCGUAAGAAGGAAAGACGGGAAAAAUGGAUACGCGCUAAAUUGGAUGAGGAACGUCGUCGUCGCGAAGAAGAGGAACGUCAACGCCAACUUCUCAUUGAAGAACAGCGAAGAGCAGCAAGAGAGCCACGCGGUCCUACUCGACGUGAAAUGGAUAUGGAUUCCAAGGCCAUGGCAGAUUCGGAUUGGCGCGGAGGAGGUCGGGAACGGCCAGUGAUCAACCGCCCCAUUCCGAGUCGCGAUCGCGAUUUUGGAGAGCGGCCACCUAUGCGAGAACGAGAGGUAUAA